AUGAUGCAAACAUCACCAACCACCCUGACAUCAACUGACGGAAGAAUUUUCAACCAAACACAAGGAAAUUUUGUCCUCAUCAACAGUUUUUGGCUAAUUGUCAGCACCUGCCUCUUGUCAGCGUUAGCCCUUGCUUUCAUAUUGUAUUACUAUUUGAAACAACAUCGCCAACAUCAGAAGGAUGCAAGUGCGGAGUUGGCAGAUGACGAAUUGCCAGUCAUGUUUAAUUCGUCACUCGAUUCAAUUCUUGAAAACUAUGAAAAUUGCAAAAUUGUCAACUCAUCGACGUUGACAGACAUGGAACAUUUCUUUUUCCAAAGAUUUGGAAGCGAAUUGUUUUUGGGAACUCAUAAUUUGGCAGUAGCAGUUCCAAUUAUCAAAGAUGAGCAUAAAAGUUUGAUUCAACAAGAAUUCGCAAAACGAUGGAAACGAAAACUGAAAGAUGAAACUCGAGAAGCUAUUGUAAGAAGAGUUUGGGAAGAUUUUUUCAUUCUAUUGCCCAACACCUUAGAAUUUAAAUUUGUGGAAAAUAUACCUGUUAAAAUUAAGAUAGAUGAACCUUGUGAUGUGAAUUUAGAAAAAGUAUCGACUGACAAAGAACUUUGUCAAUAUCGAGUGAAACAAGAGUUGAAACAUAACUUUACAUACAAACACAAUUCAUUGCAUCCAUUAUGGUCCAUGACUUUGACUCCUUCUCCCUUCACAAAAGGAAAGUUCAUUUUGUCUUUGGCCUUUUUCCAUGGUAUCAUGGAUGCAAAUGCCAUUAAGCAAGUUAUGACUGAUUUUUCAGUGUUGAUGGAUUAUUUCUUGUCUGAUAAGAAAGAUCCUUCUGCCAAGAAAGAAAUUGAUCAAAUUGAAUCGAACAUUGAAGCACAUCAAUGGCUGACUCCAAUACCUUUAUCUCCCGUUGAAGCAUUAAUGAAAAAGUCUUUACUGAACAGCCAAACUUCUCAUUCCACCACAGGAUCGCCAGCAGAUAAUCCACGACUGUUAACAUCUGUCACAAAUUUUUACGAAUUUUUAAAAUUCCUAUAUGUCACAGCUUCUCAUAACGGAUUGAGACCAAAAGUAUUCUUUCCUGUGAAGAAAGAUUUUCCUGAGCCUUGUACAUGUGAUAUUUUAGUGAGACGGUUAGGUAGUGCAGAAACAGAAGUCAUUGAGAAAAUGUGCCAUGAAAAGAAUAUCACUGUGACAUCCUUUGUUCAUGCUGUUUGCACUCUUGCUUGGACACUCUGUUUUGGAAAUGUUGAUGAACACUUGCAAGAUUACUCUUUCACCAAUUCUAUUACAGUUGAUCUUCGACCAUGCCUGUUACCGCCUCUUAAAUUAGACAGCAACUCCGCGACAAGAAAUUAUGCAGCAUCUGUUUUUGCAGCUGUUUCUUUCUCUUUGGAUAAGAACAAGUCUCAGAAUGCUUCUGAACUCGAUCAAUUAAUUUGGAAAAUUUCUGAGGACACGAAAAAAGCUCUCGAUCACAAAUACUUCUUAUCAAUGGCUCUGUAUCAAUUCAUGGGAAAGGUCAUGUCUUUCAUUCACAGCACCUUUGACAUGAGCAGAAAACCAUCACAUCAAAUGGUAUUCAGUAAUUUAGGAAAAUUAGAACCAAUUUGUGGAAAGAACGUCACAGUAGAACUUUCAGUUGGAGGUUACUCUUCAUGUGGAAGCCAAUGUGGCGUUUCGAACAUUUUCUACACAAAUUCCACAACACAUGAACUGGAAUUUUCCAUUUGUUACCUAAAUGCCCUCUCAGAGGAAGAUGUUGUGAAAUAUGCUGACAAAUUUACAGAGCUUUUUCGAUUAGCUUGUGAAGAGUAUGAGAAAAAGAAGAAAGAAGAAUCUCAAACAUCUCAACAGUAA